UGGUGCACGCUGGAAAAAAGAGAAACGCAAAGACACAAGCUAACCCAAAGCCUACCAAGGCAGCAAAAAAAGCAGAAGAGAUUCAAGGUAAACUAUAUGGAUACAUGGUAUAUGUGCUGAUAAUGAAAAAGAUACAAAAAACAAUGAUUUAUUUGACAAUCUCGAUGAAGAAAUGGAUCCUGAAGAAGUAGAAAGCUUUAUGGAACAACUUGACAAUGACAGCGAACAACAACAAGAAAGUGACAAUGAGAAGCAAGAAAGUGAUGAUGAGGAGCAAGAAAAUGAUAAUAAAAUAGUUGAAGAAGAGGAAGACGCAACUAUGGAAGAAUCAAAACAAGCUUCAGUGCCAUCAGAGCAACAAAACACAGCCAGACAAUUCCGUGAUCUAUACAUGUCAAAAGUAACUCAAGCUUUUGGAUCUGAUCUCGAUCAAAUUAGACAAGAGCCUACACUUAAUGGACCUCGCUUGAACAUUUUGAUUGACUCUUUAGAAGCCGGUAUUGAUAUCUUUUCCUCAUUAGAACAAGAGAUUAUUCUUGCAGAUGAACAAAAAAUAAUAAAGUAGUCACAAUCGAGUCACAUAAAAGUCC